CCUCCCUUUCUCUCUCCCCCUCUCUCUCUCUCUCGGACACAAACAAAGAAAGAACGAAAACAGAGGAGGGGAAAGGGAAAGGGAAAGUCUUUAGCCAGCGAUGACGACCACCGCGGCGGCGGCGGGGGCGGAGUCGUCGUCCUCCUCCGCGUCGCCGUCGGAGGCGGCGCUUCCUGUUGGUUUCCGGUUCCGUCCGACGGACGAGGAGCUGGUGCGGCACUACCUCAAGGCCAAGAUCGCGGGGCGGGCGCACCCGGACCUGCUGGCGAUCCCGGACGUGGACCUGGCGGCGGUGGAGCCGUGGGACCUCCCCGCACGCUCCGUCAUCAAGUCCGACGACCCCGAGUGGUUCUUCUUCGCCCGACGCGACCGCCCAAAGUACCCCGGCAAGUCCUCCCGCUCCUGCCGCUCCACCGCCGCCGGAUACUGGAAGGCCACCGGCAAGGACCGCCUCAUCCGGGGACCCGGCCCGGGGGGAUGCAGGGGGAAAGGCGCCCUCAUCGGCGUCAAGAAGACCCUCGUCUUCCACCGCGGCCGAGCCCCACGCGGCGCCCGCACCCCGUGGAUCAUGCACGAGUACACCGCCGUCUCUGCAGACAACCCAGUCCACCACUCGGGGUCCCAGUCUGCAUCUGCAUCUGCAUCUGCAUCUGCAGCAGGGCCCCAAAACGAUAGCUUCGUCCUGUACCGCCUCUUCAACAAGCAGGACGAAGAGACCCCGGCACCCGUUUCAGAACCCCCGUCCAUGUCGUCUCCAGCCAAUCUGCUGCUACAAGCCGACGACGACACGGCCAGUGCCUCCAUGGUGGAAGACAAGGCCUCGCCAUCUGAUUCCAGCCAGCUGACUCCGACCAAUGUUACUAAUGAUCACUCCUCCACGGCCCAUCUUCUUCCUGCCGCCGGUGCCACAGAGCAGACAGCGGAUCAGGAAGCUGCUUAUGUGGCUACGUUGGCGCAGCUUCCAGACAUAGAGAUACAGGCCGAGCAUCAAAGAUACCAUGAUGAAUUCCCUACAUUCAAUUCCCCGAUGCGUCCUUACACGGAUCUCCCUUUCAUUGGCAACAUGGGUGAUGAGCACGACUUGUCGAUGUAUCUGGAAAGUAUCAUAGCCGUAGGUGAGCAGGAUGCGCAAGACAUGUUGCUCCAUCCAGCCUAUGAUGAAACGGGCGCUGGGAAUGCCGUGUCCAAUCCUACUUCAACUACAGCUGCUGUUCCAUUCUGGUCUGCUGCUAGCUCAGGUUCAUGGACUCCUUGUGAUCUCCAAGAUAUGGGGGCAGCACCUUGGACGCAGCAGCAGCCCGCAGGUCCAGCAGAGUUGAUGGACCCACAACAAGGGAUUGCGGCAAGGAGGAUCCGCCUUGCUUAUGCUGUGGAGAGGGCAUCGGCGUCUCAGCCUAUAUUAGCCUGUCACUCGGAAAGCGAAGAAGGUGAGGGCGAAUCAGACUGUAGCACAGAGAGUUCAUCCAGCAACCAUGAUGAGGAGGAGGAUCAUGUCAAUGAUGUUGUUUUCCAAACUAUGGCUGGAGAUGUGAUGCAUAACAUCCCUCCUGGUCAAGCACUGGUGGUUUCUGCGGUGGAAGUUGCAGAGAAGCUCCAGCAUCUAUCGUUCAAUAAUAAUGAAGAUGGCAAGCCGCGUGGUGGAGGUGGAGACGAUCUGAAGCAGAGGCUCAAGCAGGAGGAUUCUGGUUGAAACGGGCAUGAGCAGGACGGACUUGUGCGCAGCACUGACUGUGUUUCUGGCCCUGGAGAUUCAUCUUCACAAACGGCGAGGUGGCCCGCCGUGCGGAGGUCCCUCUGGCUAGCGAUCGUGGUGAUGGCCCCUCUGCUUCUGCUUGUCUUGGUGGGUGUCUGGAGGUGACUGAGCUACCCGUCGUGGCCGGUGUAAACUAAACGGAAUCAAUGGUUCCUCUUCCUCAUCGUUCGUUGGUAGGCUCACUCUAUAUACUUGUGUUGCUGCCUUUGCUGGUGUGGUGUGUAUAUACUUGCUGUGUGUGUGUCUUGUGUUAAGUAAAUUUAGGAGGAGGCUCCCUCUAUCGUAACUCUUGCGUAAUGUAAUGGGUUGAUACUGACACACAUAUUGUAGCGACUUACAACCCUCAUAUGCUAGCAAAUGAAUGAUUCAGUUAGCAAUUCCA